CAGACGCUUUCCUCCUCCCUUCACGGCCAAGGCCAGAAUCGAUGGCCUUGCUGCAACUCUAAAUGGACACAACCUCAAACCAUACUCAGGCCAGUAGCAGCACGAGUGAAACCAAUCAACCAGAGCUCCGCACGAGCGCCAGAGUGAAAGCCGCAAAGCAGAAGGCGAGAGACAAGGCAGACGACUCCGAGCAAUCAACCACCGCGCAACCCCAGACUCGGUCCAAACCCAAACGCAGCAACAAGAAUAAAUCGAAAGACACCUCUGAAUCCGCCGCCACCCGCCCUUCCAAACGCGCACGUCGGAACAUACCGGCAGCACAACCCGCGCUGAGUAUCAACGAGCCCGUGAGCGAUCCCAAGGGAAAGAAGCGCGCAGUACCCGAGCCGAGCUCCGACGACGACCCCACUGCUGGAUCCUCCCCUAAACGAAUCCGUACCACAUCUUAUUCACUCCGCUCAAGCACCACAACCGUGAAAGACUCCACUACCGAAAUGCCGAAAAAAUCACGCUCAGCAGCAAAGGGGAAGCAACCGGCCAAGUCGAAAGCCAUGACCGCUGCGGGCUCAUCGAAGAUCGAGGACGAGGACGUCGAGAUGAUGGAUGCUGAGAUGAAGGAUGACAACGAGAAUGAGGAUGGGGAUGGGGGAAACGAGGAGACGGGGGAUGUCGCGAUGAAUGAGGAUCAGCUGAACCACGAUGAUGAUGACGACGACGACGACGACGACGGAGACGACGGUGAUGGUGGUGGUCCCCUUGGCACUGGCGGAAGUCCGCCAAUUCCUGGGGGCUUGGACGAGAGUGCGGCACUGGCCAUUUUUGGUGAUUACCAUCAAUUUGGAUCGUACAUGAUGUCGCUCUCGUCUCGGCUCAAGACGAUGCUGAAUAACAUCAAGCCGACCGCAGACCCCACAACACGGCUUCUGACGUUACAGGAGCUCAGUGAGUUGUUGAGUAUGAGCACUGAAGACACUCUUGCGGGGUCGUUCCAGGUUGAGCAGUUCGUGAAGGAGUUGGUGAAGAUCCUCGGAGGACGCGGGAAUGAUGAGGACGAAGAUGAAGACGGAGAUGGUGAUGACGGCGGUGGGCAAGAUGAGGAUGCCGCCCUUGCUGCUGCCCUUGCUAUAAGUGGUGGAGGAUAUCAAGGCGACGAGAAUCUCGAAGCCCAGGUGCUCGCUUGUCGCUGCCUUGCCAAUCUCAUGGAGGCGCUUCCGGGCGUCGCGCACACCGUCGUUUACCAUGGAGCCAUUCCUGUGCUGUGCAGCAAGCUCAUCGAAAUAUCAUACAUCGAUUUGGCGGAGCAGACACUCAGUACUAUGGAGAAGAUCUCCGAGGAGUUCCCUAGCGCCAUCGUCCGCGAGAAUGGUCUUUCCGCAUUACUCAACUACCUCGACUUCUUCUCUAUCGCCGUUCAGCGGACAGCCAUCCAGGCCGCUUCAAACUGCUGCCGAAAUGUUUCUCCUGAGCACUCGAAACAGAUUCGUGAAGUGUGGCCAAUCAUUCGGAACUGUCUGUCGUAUUCAGAUCAGCGACUGGUCGAGUUUGCGUGCAUGUGUGUCAUCCGGGCGAUUGACUCGUAUCAUCGUUCCUCAGUCGAGAACUUGGAAUUGCUUGUGGACGCUGACCUCAUCCGGGCGGUCAAUCAGUUGCUGAUACCCGCCGGCGCGCCACUAGUCACCCCCAACACGUACACACUUCUCGUCCGUGCACUGGGUACUGCUGCUCGCGCGAGCCCCAAAAUCACUAUCGCAUUGCUCGAGGCCGAUAUUGUCGACACUACGUAUCAGAUCCUCACUGGUGUUCUUCCCUCAGCCAGUGCUGCAGCGGAGCAAGGAAGUGCCAGCGGUGGACAGGGUCUGGGCGGUGGUCUGGCCGACAUGACGGUCAUGGAGAAUCUGGCCCAUCGUCCGAAGGAUCAGAUUGAAGAGACUCUCAGUCUUGUGUCUGAGUUGUUGCCCCCGUUGCCCAAAGAUGGUGUCUUCGAUCACAAGUCCUACACUGAGAAGGCCCUCGGUCGUAUGAUCAAAGCUAAAGCUAAAGCUGAACGGGCUGCUGCACGACAAGCCGUCCAGGAGUCCUUGGCCGCUGCCAUGCUCAUUGACUCUGCUCCACUCGCUUCAGAAAGCUCAAAGCCGACCUCGUCUUCGGUCAGUCAGGAUGAUACCAUGUCUGCUGAGACCGCAGUGGCGGAGACUGAGGAACACGUCGGGGGAAUUGUGCCUGCUCCGGACCGGACCGAUAUGCUGCGCUCGAAGCCAGCUGUCGUUGACCGAUUCAUGGAUCUGAUGGUGCCCAUCCUCAUCGAUGUGUAUGCUGCGAGUGUCAUCACUCCCGUUCGGGUCAAGACUUUGACGGGCCUUCUCAAGGCAGUCAGCUUUCUGGAUGCGGACGGUCUGAAACGAGUUCUGAGGUUCGUUCCUGUCGCGAGUUUCGCGUCCUCGAUCUUGUCUUCGAAAGAUCACCCAACCCUGGUCAUCGGCGCGCUGCAGAUUGUAGACAUGCUACUUGCCAAGAUUCCCACGCUCUACAAGCCGGCCUUCAAACGCGAGGGUGUAUUCCACGAGAUUGAGACUCUUUCCUCCCGCACGAUCGUGUCGUCCAAGUCGAAAGACAAGGAGUCCAAGGAGAAGAUGACCGAUAACUCUGAUUCCGCUGUGCCUUCGUCAGAUGACACUCCCCCGCCGCCUACCGCUUCGACCAGCAGUGCCAUUAGCAUGGCCGCCACCCUACCCGGUUUCAAGAAGCUUUCGUCUCUCCAGCUUGAGCCUGAAGACGCCAUCACUCUCCGGGCACGCGUCAUUCAGUUCAGGUAUCUUGCUGGUGACGAUAAGGCCGACGGUGAAGGCUCCUUCAGUGUUUUACAAAGUCUCGUGACGCGUCUCACUGUCGAUGGAACGGAGUCGGAAGCCACCCAGGUGUUGCACGACUUGGCAGAUUUGUUCGAUGCCACAAUGUCCACCGUGUCUAGCUUCGAGCUCCUGCAGAGCGGUCUUGUUGAUAGCUUGUUGUCCUUUGCCACAGAUGCUGAGCGUAAAUUGAGCGUGUCCCGUCGCAAGGAACUUCUGCUCGAUGCGUUUACUGCACGAAAUAGGACGGGUGCAUUCGCCACAUUUGUCAAGAAACUGCAGGAAAGUCUAACUCGAAUGGAGUCAUUCGAAGUGGUGUCAGUUGGGCAGGGGACCGACGACUCGAAGCGCAGCUCGCCGUCCCUGUUAGCUCGUCAACUUCGUCUUCGUUUAGUGGCGGAGGAUGAUUCGGACAUUCCGCGGAAUCUUCACAAUAUCGUGGUCUCGAUUCAUGCGAUAGCUACUUUCCAGGCGCUUCAUGAUUACCUUCGACCUCGGGUGUCCGGCUUGUUGUCUGGAGGGUCCCGUCUCUCGGGGAUGCUCGCAGCACUGGCUGCAUCUGGCUUUGGGGCCGCAUCGAGUUCUCGUACACCUGCUGACGAGGCACCCCCAACAUCAACAUCGAAUGGAGCAGCAGCUUCCACCUCUUCUGGUUCAUCGUCAGCUGAUUCCGGCUCGACCGUUACACGUCGUCGUAGCCAGCGCCUGAGUGCGAAGAAGGGCUCAACAUCGGAAACACCCGCUGAUCCGAUUGAAGCAGAUCCGCAAACUGAAUCCUCAGCCGAGCCAUCCGACACUGCGGCUGCUGGCCCGAGCUCGGGGCCAUUCCCUGUCGCUGAAGAUUCCGGUCUUGCGGCUGAAUUCACGGAUGACGAAGAUGAGGAUCUGGGUGUGUUCGAUGAUGAGGCUGAUCCUGAUAAUUCCAUCGCCGACAAAACUGUGACUUUGUCUAUCGCGGAGGACGGGUCGAAAGUGGAGGCUCAGACUCCGGAUGGAACGCGCGUUGCGACACCAAGAGAAGCACCAGCGUCCCGGCCAUCACCUGCACGACCAUCUUAUGCCGCUGCACUGAAGGCUAAGCCGACGGAUUGGCACCUCGAAUUUUCGAUGGACGACCAGACUUUGCCUUUGGAUUUGACGAUCUACGGGGCCAUGCACCAACACGAGAUCCGGAAGAAAACGGGGGCACUGCCACCGAAUCUUAUCUGGCAGGGCGUCUACACCAUCAAGUUCAAGAAAGUGACGGGCCCAGCCCCGUCAGCAGCCGAUCCUCGAACGGAUGUCGGAGAGUGUAGCUCGAAGGGACGAUCACUAAGUCCGACACUGUCAUCUUUGCCUGAGGAUGCACCCCAUGCCAAGAUCCUGCGUCUGUUGCGGGUGCUGCAUCAGAUCAACAUGUUGGAGACCGAAAGAUCAGCAUUUGCUGGAGAGAGGAGGGACCUUCCCGAGUCCGCCUUUGUGAACAACAAGUUGACUGCGAAGCUGACGAGGCAGCUAGAGGAGCCGAUGAUUGUUGCCAGUUCGUGUCUGCCUGAUUGGGCACUGGAUUUGCCGCAACACUUCCCGUUCCUUUUCCCCUUCACGACAAGAUAUAACUUCUUGCAGUCGACCUCCUUUGGCUACGCGCGUUUGAUCCAGAAAUGGCAGAGCCAGCAAACUCGCACGCAGGAUUCCUCGCGUCGCGAUGACGGGAUCGGGUUCCUCGGAAGACUGCAGCGGCAAAAAGUCCGCAUCUCUCGGAAACACAUCCUUGAGUCUGCAGUGAAGGUGUUCGAGCUGUAUGGAUCUUCGUCGUCUGUGCUGGAGGUCGAAUAUUUUGAAGAGGUCGGAACAGGGCUGGGUCCCACCCUUGAAUUCUACUCGCUUGUGUCGCGGGAAUUCGCACGCAAGGAUCUCAAGCUUUGGAGAGAUGCUGACGCUUCAGGAAUCGGAGCCUAUGUCAGUCAUCCAUCAGGAUUGUAUCCUGCGCCAUUGAACACUCAAGAUCUCAGCAACGAUGGUGUACAGAAACGCACACACAUAUAUCGGAUUAUCGGCCAGUUUGUGGCAAAAGCAAUGCUCGACUCACGCAUCAUCGAUCUUUCGCUCAACAAGAUCUUCCUCAAGAUCGUCCUGGGUGAAGAGGUCCCUUUGACGAUUGCGACGCUCAAGUUGGUCGACAUCUCGUUGGCAAACUCUCUCGAAAAGAUCCAGAACAUCGUUGCGGCUGGGCCAGUGCCGGAAGACGACAAGCUGAAGCGAAAAGUGGCCUUGAUCGAGACCGUGAGCAUCGACGACUUGGCGCUCGACUUCACCAUCCCUGGAUACGAUAUCGAACUUCGCCCCGGAGGCUGUGAUACCGCGGUUACCAAGGACAACGUCGAUGAAUAUAUCUACGAGGUUUUGGAAGCGAUUAUCGGCCAAGGAGUACAGCUGCAAGCCAAAGCAUUCCGUGAGGGAUUCUCGAAAGUAUUCCCGAUCACCGAUCUGCAGGCGUUUUCUGCGGACGAGCUGGUGCUGCUGUUUGGUAACUCGGACGAAGAUUGGUCGCCAGAAAUGCUGAGCGAAGCGGUGAAAGCUGACCACGGCUUCAACGGAGAAAGUCGAGCGAUCCGGGAUCUGCUGGACAUCAUGUCUGAGUAUGAUGUCAAGACGAGGAGGAGUUUCCUGCAGUUUGUUUCCGGGAGUCCGAAGUUGCCCAUCGGAGGCUUCCGAGGCUUGAAUCCGGCGCUCACUGUCGUUCGGAAACCUCACGAGGCACCGUUGACGGCAGACGACUACCUUCCGAGUGUGAUGACCUGUGUCAACUACCUGAAGCUGCCAGAGUAUAGCACGAGGGAUGUGAUGCGAGAGAAGUUGCGUGUUGCGAUGUCGGAAGGUGGUGGGAGCUUCCAUUUGUCUUGAGCUGUUUGUAUCCAUGAACAAUGAGUAAUAUCAAGAGGAAUUGAAUCAA